AUGUCGCUGGCUACAAAGGACCUAUUGAAGAUUGUCAUUAUCUUCCAAUAUGUACCAAGACUUUUUCGAAUCUAUCCUUUAUACAAGGAAGUAACCAGAACAUCAGGCAUAUUUACUGAAACACCAUGGGCCGGAGCUGUUUUUAAUCUUGUUCUCUACCUGCUUUUCAGUCAUGUACUUGGAGCCUUCUGGUUUUUGUUCUCAAUAGAGUGCAAAGAUAGUUGUUGGCGCAAUGCAUGUGAUAAGAAUGAUUGUAAAUUACAUAAUUUAUAUUAUGGUGGACAACGCCUUGCAAACUAUUCGUUUCUCAAUAUUUCUUGUCCUAUACUUGAACCAAAUGAAAUAAAGGGCCCUGCAGACUUUGAUUUUGGCAUAUUCCUUGAUGCUCUUCAGUCUCAUGUUGUCAACCACAGAGACUAUUCUAUGAAUUUUUUCUACUGCUUUUGGUGGGGUCUGCGGAAUUUAAGUUCUCCGGGCCAAAACCUCAAAGCGGGCACUUACAUUUGGGAGAUUCUUUUCACCAUUUCCAUCUCCAUCAUUGGGCUGGUUUUAUUUUCAUUACUCAUUGGUAACAUGGAGAAAUAUUUGAAGUCGAUCACUGUUAGGGUAGAAGAAAUGAGAGAGAAAAGACAAGAUGCAGAGCAAUGGAUGUUCCACCGUAUGCUUCCUGAUGAUUUGCGGAAAUGGAUUAGACAAUACGAGCAAUCCAAAUGGCAAGAAACCAGGGGUGUCAAAGAAAAUUCUUUAAUUCGUAACCUGCCUAAAGACUUAAGAAGGGAUAUCAAUCGCCAUGUCUGCUGGAGUUUACUCACAAGAGCAAGGGUGCCAAUGUUUGAGCAAAUGGACGAACAUCUGUUGGAUGCUAUGUGUGAUAAUCUGAAGCCGGUUCUUUACACAGAGAUGAGCUUUGUAGUUAACGAGGGAGAUCUAGUUGACAAGAUGCUCUUUAUUAUGCGUGGUAAUAUAUUGACCAUGACGACUAACGGUGGUAGGACUGGUUUCUUCACCUCCAAUAAUCUCAAGGCUGGGGACUUUUGUGGGGAAGAACUUCUUACAUGGACUCUGGAUCCCAACUCUUCCCCGAGUCUUCCCAUCUCAAUGAGAACUGUGCAAAGCUAUAAAAGAUGUCAAGGCCUUCUCUCUGAUGGCCGGUGCCCUGAAAUGAGGAAGAUUGAGAAAUUUCUGCAAGAGGCGGAAGUUAAAAUGCAAGAGGCCUUGGCAAAAGAGGGCAGGAGCUCACCUAGCCUCGGUGCCACCAUUUAUGCUUCAAAAUUUGCUGCCAAUGUGCUUGGUUCCUUGCCCAACAAUCAUCCGCUAAUGCUAAAUUAUCACCCCGAUUACCUAGUGCAAAGUUACCUCCUCUGCUACUUCAGAAGCCGGCCGAGCCUAUUUUUACAUAGGGAGCAUAUACUUGUUGAAGACAUUGCACAAUGGCACCCAGUCGGAAGAACUGAUGACGCAUACGAUUUGGCCAAGUUUUAUGAGAAAUUUAUCGGUAUUGCAACCCUUAAAAUUCAUACCACUCAAAUUCUUUCUUGA